AUGGACGCCUCCGUCAGAACGCCUUUGCUCCACGGCCAGGCCGGGCAUGCAGACGAGGGAUUGCCCACGCCAGCCGCCUAUGGCCAGGUCCAAGACCAUCCCGCAUUCCUGAGAGCAUGCCACUCGCCAUGGCGUUGUCUGCCGCAGAACGCCCUCUGCUGGAUUCGAGGAGGUGUCGUUGCCUACUUGACCGCAGUCGGUGCAAUGAUCCUCGACUACAAGCUUCGAGAGAAGUCGCCGUGCUCGAACUGGCGUGUCGUCUUUGACUUCUCCAUCGUCACAUAUUCUCUGCUUUUGAUUUACCACUUGGUAGUGCUGGAAUACUGGUUGCUCAGACUGUCAUCGCUGCCCUACGACAUGUCCAGCCUCCGCAAGCAGUUCUACUUCACCAUGUUCUACACAGUCACCACUGUCUUCACCUUCAUGAACACCUGCCUCUACUGGUUUGUACAGCUGCCGCACGACGACAAUGGCAACGCCGAGCCCCCCAAGCCCCAGCCGUCUGGUGGCUCGCACGCCUCAAGCAUGUACGAGCAGUCGUUGGGCUUUGAGAUGACUCGUCUGGAGGACAUCAACAAGGGCAAACCACAUGGACCUUUCACGGAGAUUUUUGGUGAAGGCUGGUUCAAGGCUUUUGUCAUCAUCAACCUGUUCCUCGUCUCAACAGUCAUUGCACUUUUCGAGAUAUUCUGGCUCAACAGCAUCAAGCGCCCUCUGGCUGUUGGUGCGCACACAUUGGGCGUCAUCUUCUUCGCGGGUCUCUACCUCGGUUGGGCAGCCAUCGGCAAGAUCGAAACCGGCGCCGAUGCCUUCUACUGGCUCGACCAGAAGGUGACCGGAUCGCGCGAGGCCGUGGUGGCAGCGUCGAUUGGAUUUGUCAUUCUGGCUCCCAUUUUGUACGCGCUCAUGUAUGGUCUCAUUGGCAUGAGGGAGAGUAUCUCCCGGGCUGCCCACUCGAGACGGGUAGCCGCCGCUGCCGAAGCAGCGGGCCACUGA